AGUUGCUGGCUGCUGGAUGGCCAAGACAGACAGGACACCCUGGACCAAUGGGUGAGCUGGGGAGACCAGGUUUACCUGGGUUACCUGGAGACCCAGGUCAGACAGGACCACCAGGCCGAAGAGGCGAAAUGGGUGACAUUGGACCCAAGGGUGUUCGAGGCAGAGCAGGGACUCAAGGAAGAGAUGGAGAGAAAGGUCCAGAUGGGGUGACAGGAUCUCCAGGUGUCCCUGGCCUACAGGGUCCUCAUGGUUACAGAGGUGACACAGCGCCCCCUGGUGAGAAAGGAGAUGAGGGUUUUCCUGGUGCUCCUGGCCCCAGAGGAGACAAUGGACAGACUGGCCAGAAGGGGGAUCCAGGAAAUGUUGGAAAACGUGGUCCUCCAGGGACAGUAGUGAGUCACUGA